CAAAUCAGUGGUCAAAUCAGAAUCAAAUCAUGUGUAACUCUCGGCAAUCAAACUGGUUCUAAAUCGAUGAUGGGGGCUGCGCAAUAAUGCUUUAGGGGGGAUUUCGAAUUGAAACCGUCCGAAUCCCCAAGUCCAACAUCUCACUCUCCCCUCUCUUCCGAUUCGACUAACCACGUUCUCCGCCUUCUACUCCGCCAGAUCAGCACUGCCUCAGUCCAUACCUCCAUACUUGACCCCUCCCCGUCCUUCAUGAAACGUUUCUGUCCCGUUUGAUCCUGAACAGCUUCACUAAACACCCGUUUAUGGUUCUCUCCCAGUUCGCGCCUUCAUUUCGUCUACUAUUCAUGCCCCGUCCCUUCGUUUAACUACGCGUUUCGGUGGAUCAACCUUCACCAUGGACUCUUAUACUCCCUACCUCGACCCCUUCACCAACUCUCAGCAGACCUUCCCUCCCUCCGCGACGCCUGCCGACCUCUCCCUCGACUCCUCCGGCUUGAGUUUUGACUUCGAGAGUCAACUCGGCCUCGACAAUGAAGACCUGACCCUCCUCCCCUCCAUCACUCCCCCUGAGCUCAUGUCCGACACCCCCGAACAAUCCGACUCCUCCGGCGUGUUUCCACCCCACUUCGGCAUGCCCUGGAAGGGUCCGUUAACGUUCGACGACACGUCUCUCGCACAGACGACCGAAUUCGACGCCGCCUUCGCACCGAACCAGAGCAUGGAAGCGCAUUGGGUGUUCCAACAAAAUGCAUACGGUUACGAUGUGGGGAACCUGGGACAGCCCGUCGAUCACGGUUUCCCCGCGAGCGUGCUUGAGAGCCAGAAGGCCAGUUCCCCAGACCUGAUGUUUCCUCCGCCCCCCGUUCCGAGCUUUCUCCCGUUGCGCACGCGCGGCGGCACGAUUUCAGCCAAGACGCAAGAGGUGGACACGCCGGUGAAGGCGUGCAAGGGGUUUCGGAUCCCGGCGGAGACGCGCAUCGUGCUGGAGCGAUACUUUCAAUCGCAACCGUAUCCGGGGAACGCGCAGUUGGAAGAGCUGGCCUCUUCGACGAACCUGCAGCUCGCGACCAUCAAGAAUUGGUUCAGCAAUACACGCGCUCGGAGAUUGAAAGGUGAAGCCAACGGUCAUGGCGCUCGCGCACCCGCGAAACCGGAGAGCAUCAAACUGACCAAGUCCUCACUUGAUGCCUUAUCUGCCGAUCAGCCCGUCGCCAAAGACAGUAACCCUCUAGAACGCUUCUUGGCGACACCGUUAGAAGAAGACAAUCGAGCCAUCGCGAUCAUCAAGAAUGCCUCCGCCUCUCCAUGCCCCACUCCUACCCCGAAUCCCAUUCAUAGAUACACGCCGUAUGGUCGAAUCGAAUCGGGUCGGCGAAGUCGAGCGGACUCGGUUUGUUCGGCGGCCAGCUCGGUCGGUUCAGGUGCAUCAUCCCCCGCACCCAGCGUGUCGGUGGUAUCGUCCACCGGUCGAGCAUCAAGGCGCGGGCGCCGCAGACACAUACAGGCCGGUCCAUCGGGCUACGUCCUGGAUUCGAAGAAGGUUGUCCAAUACGUGAAGAAGUUCUACUGCACGUUCUGCGGACGGGCCUUUUCCAACAAAUACGAAUGGAAUCGGCACGAGGAAUCGGUUCACGUCCCUCAGAAGCUGUGGAUUUGCUGUCCAAGCAGCAUCGCUGAGCAGGAGAGAUUGAGUGAAUGUCCAUUGUGUCCUACGACAUCACCAUCCAAGGAGCAUUUGGCAGCGCACAAUUUCUACGAAUGCGCCAACAAGCCACAAGAGCAGCGGACGUUCACGCGACGGGACCAUCUUAUCCAGCAUAUCCAGCAGUCGCACCGGAAGGAAUGCACCAAUCGUGAUCAACUAUUAUCCGACAUCCGCUCCACCCCCGAUGACUGGGUCUUCCCCAUCAGCCAAACCCAACUCGGCGACCUCCCCCUCCUCUGCGGCUUCUGCGGCAAAAAAUCUGACACCUGGCCCGACCGUGUCGCGCACAUCGCCGACCACUUCCGCCAAGGCACCGACCUCUCCGAAUGGUGGCUGAAGCGCCAAGCCCACUCCCUCCCCACCACGCACCCCGCCGAGCAACGUCGCUCCCGCGAGCUCACCGCUGCCGACCACUCCCUCUUCGGCCCCGCUGCCGCCCUCCACCCCUGUCGCUGCACCCACUGCCACCGCGCCUUCCCCUCCCUCGACGUCGCCCGCUCCACCCACACCAUCUGCGAGUUCUUCUCCUGCUCCCUCCUUCCCGGCAUCCGCUCCGCCUUCGACCCCCUCUUCACCUCCCGCUGCUACUACUGCCCCCAGGCCUUCGACAACUCCCCGGACUGGGCCGACCGCCUCAUCCACCUCACCCUCAUCCACAAGUACCGCGGCUGCGCGCAGGAGCAGUUUUUUAGUCGCGAGGCGUUCGCGCGACAUCUGAUGGCCGAGCACCGCGGCGUGAUGGAGGAGAAUCGGCGGGGGGAGCUGCUGAGCGUGACGAGUGAGUGGGUACCGGAGGAGCAGCAUUCGCACGGGAGGCCGUCGUCGGUAAUGUUGGGGGCUGGGAGGGAGUUCGCGACGAAGAGUCGGUUGCAUAAGUUUCAGGAUAUGUGUCAGCGAGUGGUACGAGCGCAUUUCGAGGCCGUGCCGGUUGAGGUUGAGCCGGAGACGAGUCUGCCGAGAGGAAGUGAGUUGGCGGACGCGACAGCGGGGGCGGCGGUGGAGAUGGAGAUAGAGAUGGAGAUGGCGGGGUCGGGGUCGUUCGGGGAGGCAGGAAUGGGUGAUUCGUUUGUGGAGGAUCCGUUGCGGUCAACGGUGGACCUGGGGCUUGGUCCGAUGGAUACAGCGGCGUUCUAUACCCAGUCAUAUUUGUCAUAGUACUCGAGACAUCUGAGGAAUUUAGUGAGGGACUAAGGUUUGGUCGCUGACUUACAGCUAUAUUACCUCUUUGUAUGCUACAUCAUCGUCCGGUGUUUACCUCGGAUCGGUGUAAUUUUGUAUGACGGCUUCGUUGUUACCUACAUGUAGGAUGUAUUUAAGUCCGCAGCCUGAUGGAGAGGACGAGGAGUCUGUCAACCUCGGUGAUGAUGCGAGUUAUAGCCUAAUACAUUCAAAGCCCUGUCUAUAGACAAUUCAUCACCGCAUAGUCAUAGAUAAAUAUGGAUAGAAAAAAGCUCCAUAUGGGAAGAUAUCUCCAAUACUAACACCUCUAGUUAUAAAAAUAUAC